AUUGCCUCACGCUCCUCCCCCUUCCCUUACAUGCUAGCAGGUCGGCUUCGCUGGCUAGCGAAACAAGGUUCUUAAAACCUGUAGUGUAACUAUUAUGAAUUGUUCCAUCUGCGUAGUAUAAGUAAUUUCAACUUCCGCGAACUUGACAAGAAAACAGCUAACAAAAUGAACAUACGAAACGCAAGACCGGAGGACCUCAUGAACAUGCAGCACUGUAACCUGCUGUGUCUACCGGAGAACUACCAGAUGAAAUACUAUUUCUAUCAUGGGCUGUCCUGGCCUCAGCUCUCUUACAUUGCAGAGGAUGAAAAUGGAAAAAUCGUGGGAUACGUGUUGGCGAAGAUGGAGGAGGAUCCAGACGAUGUACCCCAUGGACAUAUCACAUCACUGGCGGUGAAGAGGUCGCACAGGCGUCUUGGUCUGGCUCAGAAGCUGAUGGACCAGGCCAGCCGUGCCAUGAUAGAAAACUUCAAUGCUAAAUACGUCUCGCUGCAUGUUCGUAAAAGCAACCGAGCAGCCCUGCACCUGUAUUCGAACACACUCAAAUUCCAGAUUAGUGAAGUAGAGCCUAAAUACUAUGCAGAUGGGGAGGAUGCUUAUGCCAUGAAGAGAGACCUGGCCCACAUGGCUGAUGAGAUCCCACAGUUGAGGAAACCUGGGGUGCGCGUUUCGGGUCAAGAGGCACCGUCUGGCCAGAGCCCGUCGGGGUCCGGCGACCAGGAGAGAGAAAGCGAGAGAGACAGUGGAGGAGAGAGCAAAGAGCUGAGUGAAGUCAGCGAAGCGACAGAAAGCACAGACGUUAAAGAUUCUUCUUCUGAUUCGCAAUGACACCCCAGUUAUUUUUAAAAUCAUCCCUCACUUCUGCUUUUUAUCUGUCUUCUGAUAGAGGGUUCACAGAUCUCCACUCCAGUCCAACAUUUCCACCAUUGGUUUGUCUUAGUUCUUUACAACAAUUUUUUUUUUUUUUUUUUGGAAAGAGACUUGGAUAAUAAAUCGGUUCAUUGAUCUGAAUUAAUUGCUGUUGUCACUACCAAAACUCAAUUGAUAACAGCCUGUGCUUUUCACACUUAACAGAAUUACAGCAAAUAAAUCUUUCAAAUAAAA